AUCUUUCUUGUGUCGGUCACAUGCCUUACUUACGAGAACUGAAUGCUUCCAACAACGAUUUGACUGCGUAUUUUGCUUUUAAACCACCUAAAAGUCUCAGGGAAGUAGAUUUUUCAUACAAUCAAAUACCUAAAAUGCAAGAUCUGUCAGCAUACCAGUCACUUACUAAACUCUUGCUGGAUUUUAACAACAUAGAGGAGAUAAGAGGACUGGAGAAGUGUCACAGUCUGACUCAUCUUAGUUUGUCACACAACAGGCUCAUCGCGAUCAGUGGCCUUGAGAAUUUACCUAUCAGGAUACUCAAUCUGAGCUCUAACCUGAUUGAGAAGACAACUGGAUUGGAGAGCUUGAAACGUCUACAGAAGCUGGACCUAUCUAGCAAUAAAAUCACUCAUCUAGAAGGCCUGAAGGAACAUGAUCUACUAGAGACGAUCAACCUAGAGACUAAUCAGAUUGCGGAGCUGCGUGAACUUGAACGUAUUGCAGAUCUGCCUCUCCUCAGAGUUUUAAAUCUUUUAAAAAAUCCUGUACAGGAGCAAGCAGAUUAUUGGCUCUUGGUGAUCUUCAUGUUGCUUCAACUAACAGAACUGGAUCUCAAGAAGAUUUCAGUGGAAGAAAAGGUUGCUGCCGUGAAUAAAUACGAUCCUCCUCCAGAAGUUGCUGCUGCUAGAGACCAUAUGACUCAUGUCAUGUAUAGUGUCCUGCAACCCCAGAGAGUCUUUGACAGCACUUUACCUAGUCUUGAUGCUCCCUACCCCAUGCUGGUGUUAGUUGGCCCUCUGGCCUGUGGCAAGAGAGAGCUUACUCAUAAGAUCUGCAGACAGUUCAACGAUUUCUUCAGAUACAGUCCCUGCCACACUACCAGGGCAGCUUACUUUGGCGAAGAAAACAGACUUGAUUACUAUUUCAUUUCUCAAGAAGCAUUUGACCAAAUGGUGAACACAGGGAAGUUCAUAGCGACCUAUAAAUACAAUGGCUAUUGCUAUGGACUUGGAAAAGACACCGUUGAAUCGAUUGCCAGAGAGGGUCUUGCAACCUGUGUUCACUUGGAAAUAGAGGGUGUGCGUAGCUUGAAAAAGACCUACUUUAAACCCAGAUACAUCCUGUUAGUACCAAUGAACAAGCCAAACUAUGAGGGACAUCUGCGGAGGACAGGAUUAUUCAGCAGGCCAGAGAUUGAAGAGGCAGUCUCCAGAGUGGACAUGUACAUCAAAAUAAACGAGGAUUUUCCAGGAUUCUUUGAUGCAGUAGUCAACACAGAUGAAUUGGAUGAGGCAUUCACGGAGCUGUGUUUUCUUGUAAAGACAUACCUGGGUUUGGAGCCACCUUCAGUUUUUGAUAGCAUUCAGGACUUGAAUAGCAGAGCAGAAGCAG